AUGAUUAUCAGCCGCUAUUUUACUUUGCCAAGGUUAUCACCACAUAAACUAUAUAAUAGUCUAACAUCCACCACAAUCAAGUUACAUCAUCUACCGAGUUUCCCCAAUCACAGACUACUUCUUCUACAACAAAGACAAUUCAUCUCUCAUCUGACAACUAUGCCACUGGACAAAUCUAAACUAAUCAUCAAGUCAUGUCGUGACUUGCCAACAGCGAGAUUUCCCGAGUAUAUAAAAUCACCACAUAAUCGAUUAUACAAUAUCGUAUGGAGUGAAAAUCCCCCUUCAAAUGUAUUUAUAGUGAAGAAACCAUGGGAACCCAGUGUUCGUGAUGCCACGGUUGAAUUGAUUAAUCGCUUACAUGUACAAUACCCCUGUGUCAAUGUUAUUGUUGAUGAAAAUGUUGCUGAUGAGUUGGCUAAUGAAACAACUUGUAUUGAUGAUAAAUUGGAUUCAUCAGUGAAACAUGUAGUUUAUACGGGGACUACCAAGGAGAUUAUUCCCAAGACUGAUUUAUUGAUUACUCUUGGUGGUGAUGGAACUAUUUUACGUGGUGUUUCGUUGUUCUCCAAUGUUCAAGUUCCUCCUGUUUUAUCAUUUGCAAUGGGUACUUUGGGGUUCCUUUUACCGUUUGAUUUCAAAAACUGUAUGCAGUGCUUUGCCUUGGUUUACGAAAAUAGAGCUCAGGCAUUGCAUAGAAAUCGUUUGGAAUGCCAUGUGGUUAGAAAUGCCGAUCCCAAAACGUGUGAAAGAGCUGAAAAAGAGGAAGUAGAAGUUGCUUUAGUGAGGAAUAAGAAGAGACUGUAUGUUGAAGUUGAAAGUCAAGAAGAUGCCCUCCAGGCAGAUGACAAAGUGGUGACUGUGGAAAAACAAGAAAUGAUUCAUGCCAUGAAUGAUAUCACAAUACACCGUGGAAGCUCUCCCAACUUGACAUCAUUGGAUAUUUACAUUGAUAAUGAGUUCUUUACCACCACGUAUGCUGACGGGUUAAUCUUCUCUACACCAACAGGAUCAACUGCAUAUUCAUUAUCAGCUGGAGGUUCGAUAACUCAUCCAGCAGUGGCAUGUAUUUUACUAACACCCAUUUGUCCUCGAUCACUUUCAUUUCGUCCAUUGAUUUUACCUUGUACUUCAGAUAUCAUGGUGCGAUUAUCAAAAAAUAAUCGUAGUUCAUUCAUUGAGCUAACCGUUGAUGGAAUAAGUCAAAAAGAUUUACAUCCAGGUGAUGAAUUGCACAUUACUUCAGAAACUGUUGUUGUUGCCAAUGAUAAGAUAAAGAAGCAGAAACGGAAUAAUGGAGAAUCAGUGUCGGGUAGUAAUGGUGAUGGAAUAGAGUAUAAUGAUAAGAAUGGAAUAUGGUGUGUAGCUACUAAUCAAAAUCAGUGGUCAAAAGAUUUAAACAGUUUGUUGGGAUUCAACAGUUCAUUUAGAGGACAAAAGAGCAAGAAACUGCAUCUAUAG